AUGGCCGUGUCCGGGAAAGGUUACAAUAACGUGACAACUUCUUUUUUUACCUUUAUUUCGUUCUUCUCCGGCCUUUUCUCCUUGGCAAUUUAUUCCUAUUUUCAGUGCGGCGAGAGAGUGAGAGAGUGCAAGACGGUUAGAGGGCGCCACACCUGACGACAAUUUGCGUACUGAAACUUUUCCCUCGAAAAUUGUCGUCCCCGGCUGCCAAUCGGCGCCCAAAACAGCCGAGCAAGGAGGUGAGUUCCCUCCUCCUCCAGCUCCAAAACAACUAUUCAUUCUUUUGCAGAGAGAAAAAGGCGGCACCGAUUUGGCCUUGACGCGCUUUUCACGCAAACAUCGGAAGCGUCUGCCCCUCCUCGAUGAACUGCUCGCUCUGAAGCCGAAGAGAGGGCAGAAGAGGCGAGGAAGGGAAUGCACCGGGAACCGCCAGCGCAGCUCCUCGGCGUUGUCCACGAUCUCGGACGGAGGUGACGCGUCGCCGUGCAAGUACGAUUUCAAUCCAGUAACUUUUAUUUCCACAAAAUCUCAUUUCAGAAAAUCUCCACGAACUUUAAAUGCGACGUGUGUGAAAGGCCGGUGGAAGAGAAAGCGCUAG